AUGGCCGACGACAACACCAUGGAGAUUGACGAGCCCGGCUCGCCGACGCAGGCAGGUGCGCAGAGCGGCGCGCCCGAGGCCAAGGUUGGCGACAUGCAGACACACGCCAAGGCGACGGCGGUGCGGUCGAUUGAGGGCUGGAUCAUCAUGGUGACCAACGUGCACGAGGAGGCCGACGAAGAGGCGCUGCACGACAAGUUUGCCGACUUUGGCGAGAUCAAGAACCUCCAUCUCAACCUCGAUCGCCGGAGCGGCUACGUCAAGGGCUAUGCGUUGAUCGAGUACCCAACGCUGCAAGAGGCGCGUGCGGCUAUCGACGGUGCAGACCAGACCAAGCUGCUCGACCAGACCAUCAACGUCGACUUUGCGUUCGUACGACCCCCGCCGGGCAAGGGCGGCAACAACAACAGCAACAACAAGGGCGGCAGCGGCGGUCGCCCACGUGGCGGGAGGAGCGGACGGAGUCGCAGCCGGAGUCCCGACGCAAGCAAGGACCGCGAGGACGAAGCGUAA